GCAAUCCGAUUUCCAGUAUGCCAUCCACGUCAGUACUCUGUUGAGUUUCCGUAGCAUUCUCCGUCAGGCGCCGCUCCGUCUAUCGAAAACCGGAAGCUCUCUCCCCAGUGCCAGCUGUUUUUCCAGCGGUAGCCAUGCUUGAAUUCCUUCUCUUUGAUUGAAAGAAAGAGAAACCUCACUCUAUCCAAUCUUCUAUCUCUCUCUAAAUGGCAUCUGCCCUUCUGACGAGAACAUUAACAGGACUCCGAUCGAUUCGAUCUUCCUUGUCGUACCCACAGAAACCUUCAAUCUGCACUUCUUUAUUCAAGGGAAAACCAUUUUACGCUGGUGCUGGCUUUGUCUCUUUAGCACAUCCAACUUCUGGUUUGGUUCGUUGUGCCCUGGCUUCAUCAAGUGGCACAAGAGCUUUUUCGAUCCAAUCCAUGGCAUCUAGUGAACCUGUUGUUUCAGUUGAUUGGCUGCAUGCCAAUCUCCGGGAUCCUAAUGUGAAGGUUUUGGAUGCUUCCUGGUACAUGCCUGACGAGCAGCGAAAUCCACUUCAAGAAUAUCAGGUGGCGCACAUCCCUGGUGCCCUCUUCUUUGAUGUUGAUGGGAUAUCAGAUCGCACUACUAAUUUGCCACACAUGUUGCCAUCAGAAGAAGCUUUUUCUGCUGCAGUUUCUGCUCUCGGCAUCCAAAACAAAGAUGGGUUAAUCGUUUAUGACGGAAAAGGAAUAUUUAGUGCAGCUCGUGUUUGGUGGAUGUUUCGAGUGUUUGGGCAUGAUAAAGUUUGGGUGCUAGAUGGAGGCUUGCCGAGAUGGCGUGCUUCGGGAUAUGAUGUUGAAUCUAGUGCCUCUGGAGAUGCAAUUCUGAAAGCUAGUGCUGCCAGUGAAGCGAUAGAAAAAGUUUAUCAGGGACAAAGUGUUGGCCCAACAACGUUCCAUGCAAAAUUGCAGCCACAUCUACUUUGGACACUGGAACAGGUUAAACAAAACAUUGAAGGCCAAACACACCAGCAUGUAGAUGCCCGAUCAAAGGCCAGGUUUGACGGUGUAGCUCCAGAGCCUCGAAAAGGAAUAAGAAGUGGUCAUGUACCAGGAAGCAAGUGCAUUCCUUUUGGCCAGAUGUUGGACAGUUCACAGACUCUCUUACCUGCAGCCGAGCUUGCAAAGAAAUUUGAGCAAGAAGGCAUCUCUUUGGAUCAUCCUGUAAUCACCUCUUGCGGCACUGGCGUUACUGCUUGCAUACUUGCACUGGGUCUUCACCGACUUGGGAAGACUGAUGUUGUAGUCUAUGAUGGAUCUUGGACCGAGUGGGGAGCACAUUCCGAGACACCCGUUACAACCACAGCUUGAGUUUCUUCCAUCAUUACUGCUAAAAUUUCUGCUGCAUGCACAGUACGGGAGAGGGAAUUUUUUUACGCCAGAUCAGAUUUUUCUCAAGAUUGUCAUGCAAGUGUUAUAUAGAACAUAAAUCUCGUCAGUUCCUCCUAUGUGAAAAUUUGAUAGGAUUUGGAUUUCAGGCUUGGAGUUGCAACCUGGAUGUUUGCAAAAACAAAAUCAAAUUGGUCGAAAUGCCAUGCAUGGACCCAAUUCAUCAAAACAUCAGGCCUCCUCAGAUCCUGUUGCCUCAGUUUAUAAUGUUCAUUUAUGAACUGGACUCAAGCCUUGAAAGAAAAUGAUGAGCCUAGAUUUUUUUA